AAAAGGAUGAUAUCAGCGAGAGGCGUGCCUACCUUAAUUACAUCUGACAACGCAGCUCAUUACAAGUUACUUUCUGAAAUUCUUCAAGACCCAUAUUGCAUAGAAAAGGAGAUUAAAUGGAAAUUCAUACCGCAAUUAGCCCCAUGGCAUGGAGGAUUUUACGAAAGGUUGAUUGGCUUAACCAAGAAUUGUAUGAAGAAAACCUUACAAAAACACUUAUUGAAUGACAGCCAGCUGGCAACAACAGUUAAGGAAAUAGAAGCAGUACUUAACACAAGACCUUUAACCUACGUGGAUUCAGAACCUGACCACGUAUUAAAACCCUCAGACUUUCUUACCAUGGGAAAAUGUAUCGUAAUGGAAACGUCGAGCAUGGAUCCUAUUACGUCACAUGGGACAGUAACCAAAGACAAUCUAAUUAAAGGUUGGAAGAAAGCGCUCAUCAUUCUACGAGAAUUCAAAGAGAUGUUUGAGAACAGGUAUCUCCUAAAUUUGAGAGAAAGAUACUCCCAUCAUCCUAAGGAGCCUAGAGUGACUUCAAAAUUAACGCCAAAAAUAGGUCAGAUAGUGCAAAUAAAAGGCGACACGAAGAAUAGGAUCAAUUGGAAAGUUGGGAAAAUAGUAUCUUUAAAGGAAGGCGCCGAUGGUUUAUGUAGAGUAGCCACGGUCCAAGUAGGAGAUACAAUAUAUACAAGAUCUAUCGCGCAUCUCUACCCGUUAGAGAUCGAAGAUGGAGAGGAACAGUGUAAACAAACGUCACAUGAAGAAAGCGUAGAAGAAUCUGUACAGGUUCCUGACGUCCCACAUCCAACAAGAAGGGACGACGUGAUGAAAGAAUCCACUAACGACGUUCUUAAGACUUCUGAGCAGAAAUCUUAUCAAUUAACAGAAUUAAACGAGUCAGAAGAAAUACCGUCUGAUUCAGUCUUAUUAGAGCCUGCAUCUAGUCAGUUACACGAGCCUGAGCCUAAGUCCAUACCCGAACCAGACCCACUCGCAGUCAAAGACAUGACGUUCUGCGAGAACACUGAUCCUGAAACGCACCACCUAGAGAACAUCGCGUCGGCUGAACAUCACGACGAGUCCAGACCUAAGAGAGCAGCGGCGCUUCGUGCUCUUGAGAAGAUUAAGGAGUGGACCAGCAACUUAGUCGCAGUUUUGCUGCCUGUAGUGGGGAGUGUCGCGACCAACGCGAAACUAUAGAGCCCCAAGAAUAUUCCCCUGCGGCAACACUGGCGGCGCCCUCUGGGUGGAGCCAUAAUCACGGAGUGACAAUCAGCCGCCGUAACAUAAAAGCAAGCGAAGCAGAUCAGAGGCUCACCUGGCCCCGAGAAGGCUGGGACAGCGUGAGCGUGGAUGAGGAAUCAUCUAUAGAAAUGUCAGGUAUGUAUACCAUGCAUUCUGUUUGGUGGUCAGUAUAUAUAUUGACCACACACACACAAAUAAGUUGCCAUCCUUCUCCUUUACGGACUCGUAAAUGUACCGUAGGCGGCUAGGAGAGGGGUGGCGACAAA